GCCUCAGAGCUGUGAAGGGGAAGCUCCGUAGUUGGGGGUCGCCGCUUCCUGCUGCCGCCGCGAACCUGCGACUUCCAAAGGAGGAGCAAUGGAGUUAUCCACUCCCCUCGGGAGCUCCCUUGCUACGCCGGCGGCCAUGGCCCUCGUCAGCCCCAACCCCAAGAUAACCAAACAUAUAUGUGCAAGAGCGAUGCAACUUCAGUGUCAAUUUUCUCAUAGACUACGAUCUGUAGCUUCUUCAACAGUGUUAAACAAACAACCUUCACAACGAAUCAACCAGAAAGACUGUGGUUCACUUAAGGCAGCAUCUCCAGUACAAUGUACAGAAAAUCUGCUGCAGUCGUCAAUAUCAUUCAAAGACUUCUGUGUUUCAGUGUGUCCUAAAGAGGAUGGUCUGAUAAAGAUACAAGUAAAUGUAUCCGGUACAAUGACAGAUUCUAUCUUUGAGGAAGUUUUCACAAAGAAGGUUGCCGCUGCACAACCCCUUCCUGGGUUUCGACGAAUGAAAGGAGGGAAAACUCCAGAUAUACCGAAAGAAGUCGCUCUACACUUAAUUGGGCCCUCAAAAGUGAAGAAAGAAACCAUCAAGAGGAUUAUAAAUUGCACCGUUGCUGAGUAUGUUCAAAAGGAGGGCCUGACUGCAUCGAAGAAUCUGAAAGUUCAGCAAAGUUAUGAAGAACUUGAAGCAAUAUUUGAACCGAGAAAAGAAUUUUGCUUUGACGCCACAGUUCAUUUACAAUAAGCUUAUGCAUCAAGGGUGUAGUGCCACUGGGGAUGACCUCUGCAACUGCAAGGAGACACCUGAAGCUCCGCUGAUCACCGGCCUCCUUCACGGCUUCACCAUUACAGCCUUAUUGAUAGUUGUUAAGAAAUGCUUUCAGGUGAAGCAAAAGUUGGCAAGAUAUCGUUUUUGUCUGGUAGAUAUCUCCUCAUUCAUUACAAGCACGUCUUGAGAGCAUGCAUUUCUUAUGUCAUGCUCCUUCAUAAGCAAGAUUAUUAUGCUGUGUUCUAAUCUGUACAACAAAUCAUUACAAAAUGAAGCAAACAAAAAACUUUAGCACCUA